GGAGAAUAUGGAUAAAUAGUGAAGACAAGACACUUAUUGUCUUGCCCAUGAAACGUAUCUAAUGGCAAACUCCAGUAUCUUUUACAAAGAUAAUGAGUUCGAUUAUGAGAGCUCUACUGCCGGACCAGACUCAAGUCGCCGCACGAGCUGGCUGAGCAGCUCUUUCACGGCCAGCCCUAGUUGCAGCUCAAUAUCUCAUCUAAGUAACCAUGGCUUCAACAACCACAACAACCAAUCAAAGCCUCACAAAGCCAACCAGGUCCCAUGGGAAGCUAUGGCCAGGCUACGUCGCUGCUGCGGCCGUGCAGUAGGGUUAGAGCAUUUUCGACUUUUAAAGAGGUUGGGAAGUGGUGACAUCGGAAGUGUUUACCUUUGCCAAAUACGUGGAAGUCCGGACACUACGUUUUAUGCCAUGAAAGUUGUUGAUAAAGAGGCUGUGGCUGUUAAGAAAAAGCUUGGAAGAGCAGAGAUGGAAAAGAAGAUUUUAGGCAUGCUUGAUCAUCCUUUUUGCCCUACUUUGUACGCAGCUUUUGAGGCUUCUCAUUACUCUUUUCUCGUUAUGGAGUAUUGUCCCGGCGGUGAUCUAUACGCCGCCCGCCUCCGCCAACCAUCUAAACGUUUUACUCUAUCUUCCACAAGGUCCUCCUCCUCCCUUUCUUUCUUUAAACCAUGCAUGAUUAAUCAAUCCAACUGUUCUGAAAGAUUUCAUUUGUUUUGCAGGUUGAUACCUAGUAUAUGUAUAUAUAUUAAUAGGUUUACCAUUUACAUAUANGAUGGUCAUGUAAUGCUGUCAGAUUUCGAUCUCUCCUUCAAAUGCGAUGUCGUUCCACAACUCCUCAACGAUAACGACCGUGACCGUGGCCAUCAAACUGAUGAUGACGACGUGAGCAUCCACCAUAAAUGCUCCACACCUUCUUGCACCUCUACUCGAUUAAACCCUGUCAUCUCCUGCUUCUCUCCUACUUCCAGUAGAAGAAGAAGAAAGAAGAAUGUUAUUACAACAACAAUACAUGAGAACGCAGCUGGUGCUAGUGAUACUACUGUGAAAAGGAACGAUGUCUCAAGAACGUUCUCUCGAUCACCUUCUUCUUGUUCUCGUGUUUCAAAUGGACUUCGAGACAUCUCUGGUGGAUGUCCAUCAAUUUUCGCCGAACCAAUCAACGCUCGCUCUAAGUCGUUCGUGGGAACACAUGAGUACUUGGCACCCGAAGUAAUCUCAGGGCAAGGACAUGGGAGUGCAGUAGACUGGUGGACUUACGGGAUAUUUCUGUACGAGAUGAUAUUUGGUACGACACCGUUUAAGGGGGAGAACAACGAGAGAACGUUAGUAAACAUUCUGAAAACACCCUUGACAUUCCCAAAGGUUGUAGUGAGUAGCCCCAAAGAGUACGAAGAUAUGGUGAGCGCUCAAGAUCUUAUUAUUAAAUUACUAGUGAAGAACCCUAAGAAGAGGUUAGGGAGCCUCAAAGGCUCUAUUGAGAUCAAAAGACAUGAGUUCUUCGAAGGUGUAAAUUGGGCACUAAUAAGGUCGAUAAAGCCACCUUGGGUCCCUAAAGAAGAGACUAGUCGCAAGACUAAAGGUGAUAAUGGCAGCGUUAAUUAUUAUCUGCCACCGAGGUUUAUGAUGAGUAGGAAGGAAAGAGAUGAGCCUUACCAUAUGUCUAAUCAUUUUGAUUAUUUUUAACUUUAGGAUACAUCGAAACGGAGAAAAGUUUUUUUUUUUUUUUUGUUCUGUUCUUUUGCAAUGAUAUGGUUUAUUUACUUA